AUGUCAUACGCCAGCCUAAACAACGAAGGCGACGAAGUCUUCGGCCCCAGCAAUGAAAAUGUCGGACAGAAGCGCUUCGCAGAUUUCGAUUUGAAAGAACACGUCUUCGUCGUAACAGGCGGAGCCAGCGUCUACUGCCUCGACCGCGCCCCCUCCCCCACUGCCGAGUGGAACGAGGCACAGAAACGCGUCGCGACCGACUGGGGCGGCGCCCUCGACUACCAACGCGUCGAUGUCGACGACACCGCGGAUCUAGACAAGACCAUCACGGACAUCGCGAGCAAGCACCAGCGACUCGACGGCUUGAUGGCCGCAGCGGCGAUCCAGAAGAUCCAGCCAGCUGUGGAGUAUGGCGCGGAGGAUCUAAUGCAGAUGAUGGCGAUUAACUACAAGGGCGUAUAUAUGAGCGCCACGUCGGCGGCGCGGCAGAUGAUGAAGUAUAAAUGCCACGGUAGCAUCUGUUUCGUCGCCAGCAUGUCCGGGCUCAUCGCGAACAAAGGCCUACUAUCUAGCGUCUACAAUUCAAGCAAAGCCGCUCUAAUCCAGCUAGCGCGGAAUUUAGCAAUGGAGUGGUCGCCGAUCAAGGAGGAUGGGACUGGCGGAAUCAGGGUUAACUGUCUGAGUCCCGGGCAUGUGUUGACGCCGAUGGUGCGGAAGAAUCUUGACGACGAUCCGGGAUUGCAGGGCAUGUGGGAGAGUGAGAAUAUGAUGCAUCGGCUUGCGAGGCCGGAUGAGUUUAAGAGUGCUGGGUUGUUUUUGUUGAGUCGGGCGAGCUCGUUCAUGACGGGGAAUAAUUUGGUGAUUGACGGUGGGCAUACGGGGUGGUGA